CCCAAUCUCACAUCCCUAAUCAGCUAUUCCCAUCCAUGUCUGAGGUCAUCUCACGGCCCUCUGCCUCCCGCGGCAGGGGCUCUGGCCGAGGCGGCAGAGGGGGUUUCGCCGGUCGAGGCGGCCGCAGAGCCAACGGCGACAAGACGGAUCACAAGACCGCCGACGACAACUUGGGCACCUUUGAGGACGAGGGCGAGUUUGCCGAGCUUCGAAAGCAGUAUGGCGACAAGACGGGCGUCAUUCGCGAGAUGUUCCCCGACUGGUCCGAGGCCGAUGUCCUCUACGCUCUCAAGGAGACGAACGGUGAUGAGACUGAGGCCGUGACACGAAUCGCCGAUGGUACAAUCUCGCAGUGGGGCGAAGUCUCCAAGACGAAGAAGACCGCUCGCACCAAGGCCAAGGACGCAUCCUCCGCACCCGUCGUCACGGACUUCGCUGCCGAGGGAACUCGUGGUGGUCGCGGCAGAGCCACGGAGAGGGGGGGUCGUAGCGGACGUGCUAGGGCAGCCCAUCCCACCAACGGAUCCCGAACCAAGGAAAACCAGCAGCUGUCUGUGCCGACCGAAGAAUCUCCCGCGUACAAAGACGACAAGGCCAACGGCGUCGAGGAGAAGCCCGCAGUUUCGGAAAAGCCCGUUCUCGCCGAGUCUCUGAACAAGCCCGCCGCUCCUCAAGUCAAGACCUGGGCCAGCAUGCUCCGACAGUCCACAGCUCCCAAGGUUGUGCCCGCGCUUCCCAAGGAAGCUCCUGCUCCCAAGCCCGCCGAACCCGUCGAACCCGAACCCGUCCCUGAAACCGCCGCCGCUCCUGUUGAACCCGAACCUGCCAAACCCGAGGCUGAGGCCGAAGCAGAGUCCACUCCCGUUGCUGAGCAGGCAACUCCUGUCGCUCCCCCCGCCGCCACCGAACCAGCUGCCGAGAUCAAGCCCACCCCAGACGAACUCACCGAGACCAACCUGGAGCAGGUUGUUGACGUCUCUGCACCGCCCCCGACCGAUACCGCUGCGAGCACGGCUGCUGGCUCUUGGGACCCCCGACAGAGCCCUCCUCCCACCAACGCUACUCCUCUUUCCGCCGCUCAACAGCAGCAGCAGACUCAGAGAGCCGCUACUAGCGGCUUUGCUGCUACCGCUCUGAAGGCCACCACCGAGAGAGCUGCACCUCGCACUCCGAGCUUCCAGCGACGCGUCCUCGACCAGGAAGAGGCCGUGCGCAUGCCCGGUAACCGGGAGGUGGACCGCGCUGCUGUGCAGUUUGGUGCCUUCAACCUCGAUGACGACGAAGAUAUCGAUGGCGAGCGCGAGGAGCCCGAGACCCGAGCUCAGCCCCCCGCCGACUCUCCUGUUGCCGUUCCCCGAACCUCUCUCCCUCCGGCUACCCAGCCUGUUGCUAUGCCGGAGACCUUUGCUCCUAAACCUACGACUGCUCCUCCUCCUGGAAUGACACCUAACGCUGCUCAACAGCCUAUUCCCAACACUCAACAGUUCGGUCGAUUCGGCCAGAGCGGUCCCCACGAGCUCUCGGCGACUCAGCAGAAGCCUUUGGAUCCGUUCAACCAGGGAGCCACUCCCGCGUCUCAGCCGCCGUUUGAUAACUUUGCGGCUCAAACUUCCCAGCCGCCCGCACAGCAGCCCGGUGCCGCUUUCAGCUCCGCACCCAGCGACUACUCAGCCUACUAUACCGCAAACCAGCAAGACCGAAACCCAUACGCCUUUUACGGCCAGCACUUUGGUCAGCAGGGAGCACACGCCCAGCCAGAGGGCGUCCCCUCGCAACAAAGGGGCUUUGGAGGCUACAACGCGUCUCAGAGCGAUAACCUCAGCCAGUAUCCCCAGAGCGGCACUGGCCACAACCAGCCCAGGUUCGGCGGCAGCACCGACAACCAGAACAGCGGCCACUCCACGCCCAACCCCGUGACCCAGGCUCAGCAGCAACAGCCUCAGCAGCAGGGAGGCCCCGGCUCGCAGCCUCAGGCCCACGGCCAAUACCCCGGGUACAACCACCCGUACUACAGCAACCCCUACUACCACCAGUACUACUCGGGUUACGGACAGGGAGGAUUCGGUCCGUACGGCAAGGGUGCCAUCUAUGGACAGCCUUACGGCGUCUCUCCCAACGCCCCGUAUGACCACACGUCGUCCCCUGGAACCUUUGGCCCGUCGUCCCUCCACAGGGACAGCCCUCUUGGCUCCGGUCUUGGCGACUAUGGCCGCGCCGGCUCAGCCCAGGCUGCCAGCCAGCCUGGCCUGGGAGGCAGCACCUUUGGCAGCAUGAACGACAGCUUCUCCCGCGGCGCUUCAUCGUUCCAGUCCCAGGGACAGUCCUUUAGCAGCCAGACACAGCCGAGUGCCGGAUCUUCGGGUGACGAGCUGAAGCCGUUCGGCGAGACCAAGACGUCCUCGGGCCCCUCGCCCUCACUCGGCGCACCCCGGCCCGGCUCCGCCACGAACACAGCUCCCGGACAGAGCGGCAGCCUGCCACCUCCCCAGACGUCCCAGAUGGGCGGCGGCUAUGGUGGCUACCCCAGCCACCUGCAGGGCCACGGCCUCCACGGCAGCGGCGGCUACGGCAUGGGCGCCGGUGCCGCCGGCAACCAGCACAGCACCCCCUACGGCUCGUACGGCCAGGGCGGUUUCGGCAGCGGAGGCUACUACAGCACCGCACAGCAGCAGCAGCAAGGCCAACAGCAGCAGCAACGCGGCGGCUGGGGCGGAAACUACCAUUAGUGGGGUAGAAACCGUGAAGGAAAACGACGAGGGCGAUAUCGCCGCGAGCGGGACGGGAUGGCGCUCGUCUUGAAUUCCAGGUUCGCG